UGCAGGCAGGGGGAGAUGUCGCGCACGCCAAGAAAGGGCCGGGAGCGCCAUCUCUCUCUCUAUCGCUCUCCCCCUCUCUCUCCCGGCAGGUGAAAGCUCUCCACGGCGUGCUUGUUCUCCCACACGACGGUGCUAACCUGCCGAUUUACGACCUCUCGCUCGGAUUUCGAAGCUGUGCUGUUUGUUUGCCGCUCUUGGAAUGACACCGCGCUGAGUUGCUGUGAUGAGCUCCUCUUUCCUCGGAUACUUCUGCGCUCUUCUGCUGCUGCUGCGGGAACCUGCGUGCCACGGGGAUGAGGUGACAUCCGGCACCGUAAACCCGUGCUGCUACUUGCCCUGUCAGCACUGGGGUGUGUGCGUAAGAUACGCAGACGACCACUACGAGUGUGACUGCACCCGCACCGGCUACCAUGGGGAGAACUGCACCGUCCCGGAGCUCUGGACUCGGGUGCAUGGCCUCCUGAAACCCGGGCCGGACACAGUGCAGUACAUUCUCACCCACUUCCACUGGCUCUGGGACGUCGUCAACAACACCUUCCUGAGGGACGUUCUGAUGCGACUUGUCCUGACAGUGCGGUCCAGCUUAAUCCCCAGCCCUCCAACCUACAACUCAAAAUAUGGUUACCUCAGCUGGGAGUCUUACUACAAUCUAAGCUACUACACUCGAAUUCUUCCACCAGUGCCUGAAGACUGUCCUACACCUCUGGGUGUCAAAGGCAAAGCUGGGCUGCCCGACCCUGAGCUGCUAGUGGAGAAGCUGCUGAAGCGAAGGAAGUUCAGGGCCGACCCACAGGGUUCCAACCUCAUGUUUGCCUUCUUCGCGCAGCACUUUACCCACCAGUUCUUCAAGACCUACAACCGCAUGGGCCUGGGCUUCACAAAGGCCCUAUCGCACGGGGUGGACGCGGGGCACGUUUACGGAGAUAACCUGGAGCGGCAACUUAAGCUUCGACUGUUAAAAGACGGGAAACUUAAGUAUCAGUUGAUUGAUGGAGAGAUGUACCCUCCCUCUGUAGCUGAAGCCCCCGUCAAGAUGAGCUACCACCAGGGCGUGGCCCCCGAGGAUCAGUUCGCUAUCGGCCAGGAAGUGUUCGGACUCCUGCCCGGCUUGGGAUUGUAUGCCACGCUGUGGUUGAGGGAGCACAACCGUGUGUGCGACCUCCUAAAAGCCGAGCAUCCCAGCUGGGAUGACGAGCAGCUGUUCCAGACCACGCGACUCAUCAUCAUUGGUGAGACCAUCCGAAUAGUGAUCGAAGAAUACGUGCAGCACCUCAGCGGCUACCUGCUGCAGUUAAAGUUCGACCCCACCCUCCUCUUCCAUGCCCAGUUCCAGUAUGGGAACCGCAUCGCCCUGGAGUUCAGCCAGCUCUACCACUGGCACUCCUUGAUGCCCGACAGCUUCCGUAUUAACGGGGAUGAGCUCUCCUACCCCCAGUUCCUCUUCAACAUGUCCGUGCUCACACGUUACGGCGUGGACAAGCUGGUGGACGCCUUUUCCCGGCAAGUGGCUGGCCAGAUCGGCGGGGGCCACAACAUCAACCCUGUGGUGACGCCUGUAGCCGUGAGGACCAUCAGGGAGUCGCGGCAGCUGCGCAUGCAGCCCUUCAACGAGUACAGGAAACGCUUCAACCUCAAGCCAUACACGUCCUUCAGAGAGUUCACAGACAACGAGGAGAUAGCGCUCACUCUUGAGGAGUUCUACGGCGACAUUGAUGCUCUUGAAUUUUACCCCGGCAUGCUGCUGGAAAGUCCCCGGCCGGGGUCCAUAUUCGGAGAGAGCAUGGUGGAGAUGGGCGCGCCGUUCUCCCUCAAAGGCCUCCUGGGUAACCCCAUCUGCUCCCCCGAGUACUGGAAGCCCAGCACUUUCGGGGGCCGUGUGGGCUUUGACAUCGUCAACUCUGCUACGCUGAAGAACCUGGUGUGUCUCAAUUCCAGGACUUGCCGUUACGUGGCGUUCCGAGUGCCGCCAGAGGAGCGAAGCGUUAGGACGGAUGAGCUUGUGAAUGGUUGUUCAUCUGUACUAUGUGCCCUGCUGUCGGUUGGCAAUCAGUCCUGUGUGUACCCAGCGUCUCGCUCAAAAUCACCUGGGAUCGGCUCCCUAACUACAAGUGUUGCCAUGACGACGCUGGACGACAAGCUCCUCGGGGAGAAGCUGCAGUACUACUACAGCAGCAGCGAGGACGAAGGCAGCGAUAACGAGGACGACGAGGGGGAGGCCAAAACCAUAAGAGAUGGCGCCGCCAAUGAGCCUGAGCUUGACUACAGCGCUGACGGCAGCGCGGUCAACACUGGACCAAAAGGCGUGAUCAAUGACUGGAGGAAGUACAAGCAGCUGGAGGUGGAGCAGAAGCAGGAGCAGAAGAACGAGAUGGAGCGCCUGAUCAAGAAGCUGUCCAUGACGUGCCGCUCUGACCUGGACCUGGAAAAAGACAAGGAGAAGCAGAAGGAGCUGCAGGAGAAAAUCAAAGGCAAAAUGACCAUGCAGGAGUACAACAUCCUCCAGCAGGAAGAGGACGACGAAGACUUCCUGCAGCACUACCGCACACAGCGCAUGGAGGAGAUGCGGCGGCAGCUGUGUCGCGGCAAGCGCUUCGAGCGCGUCCAAGAGCUGGCUGGCGGCGAGGACUUCCUGGAGGCGCUGGACGAGGAGGACAAGAACACGCCGGUCGUGAUCCACAUCUACGAGCCCGACGUGGUGGGCUGCGAGGCCAUGAGCGGCAGCCUGGCGUGCCUGGCGCACGAGUACCCGCUGGUCAAGUUCUGCAGCGUGCGCAGCUCGGCCGUCGGCACCAGCGCGCUCUUCCGGGACAGCGCUCUGCCCGCCCUACUCGUCUACAAAGGCGGAGAUCUCAUCGGCAACUUUGUGCGGCUCACCGACCAGUUGGGCGAGGACUUCUUCGCCGUGGACGUGGAGGCCCUGCUGCAGGAGUAUGGCAUGCUGCCCGAGAAGGUCCUCGCGGUCACCAAGACCGUCCGCAACGGCGCCAUCAUUCAGAGCAAUCUCAGCGACGACGACGACUCUGACCUCGACAUAGACUAGAGCGCUAUCUGGCUUAUAUUCUGCAUGGACUCUUUCCAUGUCUUUUUUCCCCCCCACACUUUUUUUUUCUUGUAAAUAUACAAUUUUUUUCCCCCCAUAAAUGUACAACUUUUUUCCUCCUAAAAUCACUGUUAUAAAUAACUUCAUAAUAACUUUUUCAAUAUUAAGACUUUUUUUCAUAAAUACCAAACUUUACCUUUAUAAAUCUACAAAAUACAUUUUAUUCUGAAUAAAGUAGGACUUUUUCUCAUAAAUGCCAAUUUCAUACACAUAAAAUUAUUACUAUUUUUCCUCAUUUUUUAUACAUUAAUAACGAUUCUGAUACUAUCGAGACUUGAUAAUUACUUUUUUCCACUUAAAUUUCCAAUUUGAAAUGGCAACGUUAUUUUCAUAAAUUAAUACCUUUUUUAAUAUAAUUUUGUCCUCAUUUGUACCAACUUUCCCCCCUCAUAAAUUCACAAUGUCAUGCAUGGUAAAUACAAAUUUAAAACUACUGAAAUAAAAAAAAAUUCUCGUACGUGAAUAACUUUUUUCUGUUGAUAGUACCUUUUUAUUUUUAUUGAGAAAUGUGACAAUUUCCUUACUUUUUCUCUUGGAAAAAUUAAAAUAUUCAACUUUAUUCUGAUAAACUUAAAAUUUUCUCAAAAAUUACAUAGUUUUCACGCAAAUAUAUAUUUUUUUAACCUCAUCAAAAUGUGAAACUUUAUUCUGUUAAAUUAUAAUAACCAUUUUCUUUUAGUCAUUAUUUGGGAAAUAUUUUUCCCCCUCAAACAUUUGCAACUAUUCUCCUAAAAAUACAUGGGUUAAAGCAAUAUCAGCGACGACGACUGACCAGCUAAUAUCCAGGUGACCUGUUGACAUUAUGCAUGGACCCUUAACAUUUUCCUUUCUACUCACCAGCAGCAAUGACUAAACCACAAAAACAUCUACACUGAAAAAUCAUCAUCAAUCUAUGUUUAAAGGGCCCACAUGAUGAAAACAGUUCCCAGCUGUCUUAACAUGUUAGUGACGUUCUUCAAUUAAAAAUUCCCCAAGGAUCGGCAAUAACAGUACACUUAACAUCCACUUGUCACACUGUGGUUCAAAUCAGUCUUGGUUUUUGUUGUUGUUUGUUUGUUUGGCGGGGGUCUCAGUUCUGCUUUCGUUACCAUGACAAUCAGGGACAGAGCUAAGGCAUGUAACGAAGCGAUCGAACACUUGGUGUUGGCAAUUUAGUAACUUUGUACCUAAAUAAACUUAUCUGAGACCUCUAGUGACUAUAGAAAAUAGAGACUGUGUGUCCAAACUAUCAAAAACUCAAUUUUCCGUAACACAAAGUGUUUGUGUGAUUUUUUUUUUUUUUUUUUUUUUUGCAAGUCUAUUUAUUUAUUUGUGUUUUAAAAAAAUCACUUUCCUGCUUUUGCUAGCAUCCUAAUAUUAAAUGGCUUUCUCAAAUAGCGAGCCUUCAACCCACAUGGACCUCAAUUAGAUUUUUUUCUAACUUUUGUAUGUAUUGCAAUGUUUCAAUUAUUGUUGGGGGGGUGGAAAAAAAACAAAAAAAAAGCAAAUAAUGUUGACUCCCA